GCACUUUAAAAGCAAAGUAAAUAAAACAUGUCAGCAUGUACAGUUUAUGUUAGUCACUCAGUGUAUCAAUAAUUUAUAUAGAAAUUUCAAUUAAAUAAUAAUAUAAAAUGUCAAAGUCGAAAAACUUAGUACCAUGUCUAGCAUGGGUCAAACAGGGGUGUGCCAAGCAGAAGCCAGACAAAGUCACCAUAGAAAAGGAAGAACUCAGGCGGAUAAUUGAAGAAUCCCAAAAUAAACUUGAUGCAGAUGAUGCAUCAGAUAAUGACAUGAGUGAAGAUGAGCAAGAUGCUGUUGCUGCAGCCAUUGAAAAAAGCCAAAAAGUUGCUGGCGCCAUUAAAACAACUCCAGGAAAAGUAGAUAAGCGCAAAAGAAAGCAGGAUGACAGUGAAGAUGCAGAUGACAUUGUAAAAAAAUAUGGGCUGGAAGAUUAUGAUAAUGAAGAAUCGGCACCAGAUUUUUCCAACAGCAUUGGUGGAUUAACACCAUUUGCAUCCAAUGAGGAAGAUCCAUACAUCACCUUAAAAGAUGAUGUUGAUAGUGACGAGGAAGACUUCAUUCUGAAACCUACUGACAAUCUUCUAGUCUUGGGGAGGAUCACAGAAGAAGCUGCAAUUCUAGAAGUGCACAUUUAUAAUGAAGAGCUGAAUAAUUUAUUUGUUCACCAUGACUACAUUUUACCCACAUUUCCACUUGUGUCAGAAUGGUUGGACUUCGAUGUUGCUGAUGGUAGUAAAGGAAACUUCAUUGCACUGGGAACAAUGGAACCUGACAUUGGCAUCUGGGACUUGGAUGUUGUGGACUCCUUGGAACCAGUUUGUGUGUUGAAAGGCAAGAAGAAACUCAGCAAAAAGAAGGAAAUGAAGAAGAAAGAUAACCUGACUGAUGGUCAUAGCAGUUCAGUUCUUGAUCUUUCUUGGAAUAGAAAUGUUAGAAAUGUUUUAGCCAGUGCCUCAGCUGAUAGAACAGUUUGUUUAUGGGACUUAGCAGAAGGGAAAGUUGUCUCCACUUUGAAGCAUCAUGAAAAAGAGGUUCAAUGUGUUACGUGGCAUCCAGUUGAGCAGCAAUUACUUUUAACGGGUUCUUUCGACAAUUAUGCUGCCGUGACAGAUUGUCGAAGUCCUCUGGACAGUGUUAAAAAAUGGAAGUUUGAUGGUGAAAUUGAAAGAGCAUUAUGGAAUCAUUUGUCUCCUUUUCAUUUCUUGGCUAGUACAGAGAAAGGGAUGCUUUAUGAAGUAGAUGUAAGACAAGAGAAGCCUUUAUUCACUUUGUCAGCACAUGAGCAGGGGGUUACAGGUAUCAGUUUAAGCUCCCAGAUACCAGGCCUUUUAGUGACCACAUCACCAGACAAAUAUCUCAAAGUGUGGGACAUUCAGGACAGUAAACCUUCAUUGAUUCUUAGCAGGAAUUUGAAAAUGGACAUUCUUCAUUGUGUCUCCUGUAAUCCUGAUCAUCCUUUUGUUUUUGCUAUUGGUGGGAAUAAAGACUUUAAAGUAUGGGAUAUACGAGAGAGUGCUGCAGUCAGGAGACACUUUCUAUCCAGGAUGCCAGCCCCUCUUGCUGCUGAGUGUGCUGGUGAUGAUGAAGAUUUGCCAGAAGACACAGCUGCUGAUGCCAUGGCUGAUCUCAACAUGGAUGAUGAUGAAGACAUGGCAGAAGAAGAGGAAAUGUUGGCAGGAGACAGGGGUCUUAUCAAAGCUUCACAGUCAACCAACGGAGGGUUGGCAAAGAAAAAAAAGAGAAAGAGAAAGAAGAAACACACUGUGCCAAUGUGAUUUUUACAUUCAUGCCAGAUUUACUGUACUUUUAUUGAACUUCAUAAUGGUUGCAUGUCUACAUUUGAAACUGUGUUGAAUAUAAAGGAGUUAUUUUAA